UUGGCUAAUUGAAUAACGGUUCCCUAUUCUUCUUUCUUUUUUUUUCUUUUUUUUUUUUUCUUUUUUUUAUUUUUAUCCACGGUUCCCUAUUCUUCUUUAGUUACGUAUAUAGCUUCUCUGAAGAUCAUAGGAUUAUGGGGGACUCUUCUGCCUCAUACAUACACAUGGUGCAUCACCUGAUUGAGACGUGUAUGACUUUCCACAUGACUAAAGAAGAGUGCAUGGAAACCCUUUCAAAACAUGCAAACAUCGCCCCUGUCAUCACCUCCACUGUGUGGAAUGAACUGGAGAAAGAAAACAAGGAAUUCUUUGAGGACUAUGCUAAAUCUCAGAGCAAAGCAGACUGUAUGUCGGCAGAAGAGACAACCAAGUUGAUCGAGAAGGUAAAAUCGGAUGCGUCAAAAGAUGCUGAUGACUAACAUGCCAUCUGAAAACGAUGGUUUCUGGUAGGAAGUUGAUCACUUCAAAAUUCUUUACAUCCAGCCAAACACAGUUAUAAAAGUCUGAUGUCACAAUGUAUGGUCUCGAAUCACCCUUCCAAUUCAUAUGGAUGAAGAAAUAUGAUAGACUAGGAUCCUAUUGAAGUUGAUGGAGUCCUACCCUUCUCAUGUACAAUAAUCACAUGUGUGUGUGUA